AUGCCCCGCAAGGGCGCCCAGGCCAAGGCCUUCGCGGCGCAACAAGCCAAGAAGCGCGAAGCAGAGAAGCAAGAGGCAAGAGCGAAGGUCGACGCCGAAAAGAACAACGCGAAAGGCAUUUCCGAGUGCCGAGAUGUAGGGCAAUUGAUGCGCAUGCACCGCGCCAACAGUGAAAGAAUAGAACACAUGGAAGAAGCGCAAGAAAAAGAAGCUAAAAGGAAAGAAGCGGAACGCGCCGCGAAGGAAAAGGAGCUCGAGGAGAACCAGGGCAAGUCCUGGUGGGACCGCUUCCUGCCCAAGCCCAAAGGCCCUCGGGAAGCCACGUCUCCCAACAAGGUGCAGCAGCAGCGCGACAACAUCGAGCAAUUCUACGACCUGCUGAAGUGCUCGAAACAUGUGAAACGGGAGAUCCAGGCGGUCUUCAAGGCCUUUGACGCGAACAAAGACGGGUCCCUCAACAUUAAUGAAUUCCGGACUUAUUUGAAAGAACCGAAGGAGCGGAUGCCCUUCCUCAACAGGAUCUUUUUAACGAUGGACAACGACGCCAUGGACGGCGCCGAGCGCGUCAAUACCUAUGGUAUUGGCGAGCUCGACAUGUUCGAGUUUUUUGUGAUUAACAGCGUCCUUUGCGUCGAUGGCGUCAUGAUCCACACGCAGGUCGGCUACUACUCCAUCUGCUCCCUACCGAGGGGCGACUACGCUAUCAGAUUUAUUUGGGACUUGUACGAUCCAAGACGCACAGGUGAAAUAGACAGCGAGACGUUCCGGUGCAUGAUCCGCGAAGGCAUGUCCGCCAUGUUACCUGAUUAUUUAUUGCGAGGGGACGAGCCGCUCCCACCGGCCGUCACGGAGCAACUCGAAAAAAUAAGAAAGGAGCAGGGCGAGGAGCUCUGGACAAAAUUAAGAUAUGGGGAUGUCGCUGUUCGCACAGAUGGCAAUGGGGAACGGCAUCUAGCGAUCGUCAAGGACCACACGGACUACAGUGUCACGGUCCAAGAUAUAUAUAGUCUGGAGAACGCGAUGGGCUGGACGCAGUCAGAUGACAACACCUUUACCUACCACAUGAAUCGACACGUCGUCCAUGAGCGGGUGGCGCCGCCGCUGCCCGGUGACGACUUAUUCGAUGAAGCUUUGGAAAAGUUCAUGUUUCUGUCGGCGGACAACGACGGCGACGGGUCGAUUACGUUGAAGGAAUUUCGACACUUCAUCCGACGACGCGUGGCUUGCGGCGAGCCGUCGCCGUAUGCGGCCUUCCUAGCGUUCCAGAAGAAGCUGCGGAGUGUUGGGGGUUUGGGUGAUUCGUUCUGGGACGCGCGGACUUUGGAUUUAGCCGUGACGCUGGAGAAGCAUGGGUUAUGGAGUGCGUGGGAGCUGCAUCGGCACUUCAACCUCGGUAAAAUAUGUAAACGGCCGCCGCCGAAAAAAGGCGGGGAGCCGCCCUUGCUACCGCCGGAGAAAGGUAAAAAUGACGGUCCCGUCGACACGCUCAACGUCAAGCCGCCGCCGUUGCCCAAGAAGCCGCGGAAGAAGGCCUUGAAGGGCGAGGAUCUGAUCGACCAGGCGCAAGAAAUCGACUUCGCCGCGAUGGUCGCGGCGUCGGGUCCGAACGUCGAACAAUUAGUUGCGGAGAACGCCCGUAGGGUCGUCCGAGACAAGCAGGCGCAGGGUGCCACCUUGACGGUAGUGCUACAAAAAGCGAAGGGUCUCCAACGAGUCAAUGGACUACUGGAAGGUCCUAGACCAGAUGUUUUUGUGACGGUCGAAGUGGAAAACGAGGAAUUAUUUACGUCGCCUUUGCGCUAUGAGACCAUAAACCCGAACUGGACGACGGAAGAAAAUGGAGUUAUCGAGGGCCACGCCUUCGACCCGUGCGGCGUGCCCGAAAAGUUGCAGUUUCGGCUCUGGGAUCGUAUAAGUGACAAGGAGCGGCAGGCGCUCGGCUUUGCGUUAAUAAGGAGAAAGAGGUUGUGGGACGUCUGUACGACGAAGAACCGCACGGUUGGCUUGCAGGUGAUUGGGCGGAUCGGCGGCACGGAGAUCCAAGCUACUGGUGAAUUGUGGGUGGAGUUGCGGUGGGAGCCGCGACCGUUUGAUCCCGCCCUCAAUAUUGACCAAUCACCAGAUAAAUGGCGCCCCCCCACACCGGAGGAGGUAAGGCCAGAAACUCCCAUUACCGACGACGAAUCUGAGACCUCGGAGAUGCGGGCGAUGCGCGAACUCGAGGAGCAGCUAGCGGAACAGGAGCGGCUCCUGACGCCCGUCCUGAAGCUGAAGAAGCCGGACUUCGAGUACAAGCCUUUACCUCCAAUAAAUGAUAAUAUGAUAAGGAAGCCUCAACAAAUAUGUGCGUGCGGCUUCUCUUGUGGGCUGGAGGUGGACUUUCUACGGCAUUGUCUUGAAUGUGAAUCGAGGGAAGGCGACACGGUCGACCUGCUGCUGCUGAUGCGGACCUUGGAUCCUGACGUUCAUCGUAAGGAGGCCGCGAUCCGCUCUAUGUCAACCGCGCCCGCGCCGUCUCCCAUAAACGUCUUGACGCUCGAGGCGGCGACGCCGUCGAAGAAGAAGAAACGCAAGAAGCGGCAAGCUGAGGCGCCGGCACCAGCAGCUAGAAUGGGCCGCGAGUCCUACGACGCCUACCCGGCCGAGAUUUUGACCCUGGAAGAUAUUCCGGGACGGCCCGAGUCCGCGGGCUUGAGGUUGGACGGGAGCGCGCUGCGGUCGCCCUUCCUCAACGCGCGCCCGGGGUCCUCGCGGCCCGGCACGGCAUCGCGGCCCGGCACGGCGAACUCGGACAAGUCCGUGACCUGGAAGCUGCCGUCCCUGCCGGCCGUGAAGCAGUCGGAGUUGGGGGAGGUCGAGGACCCGACGGCGUUCCCGGCGCCGCUCGUCGCCAAGGACGACGGCGUCAAGCCGAAGAAGAAGGGGUGGUUCGGGCGUCGUUCCCGGACGCCACCACGUACGCCACCCUAG